UGCGCACAGAGGAGACUGAUACAAAUUCCCGCAUGAGACGCAGGACGGUCAGAUGAUAAAAGGAAACUGAACAAUUUGGAUGAUCAUAAACAAAUCCGUCCACGACUGUAAGACAUUCACAACUUAAACUUCCAAAAGAUGGCAAGUACUGAGAAUACCCCGAGUACUAUUCUUCCUCCUUCGCCAGAGAUUGAUGCCAUCAGCAACGAAGGGGCCAUCGGUAGAGCAAUCCUCAACAUCUUCGUCAUCAUCUUCGGGACUUUCGGCAACUCUUUAAUCCUGCGGGUUUACUGGAGUAAAAUGCGCAAGAACAGCACCCAAGUUUUGGUCAUGGGGCUGGCUGGCGUCGACCUGGCAGUGUGCUUGCUAAGAGUCCGGUCCGUGGUCAAAUUCUUUUUCGUCGUUGCGGGAAGGGAGGCUCUGCCUGAGAUUUCUGCGGUGCCUCCCCGACUUGCUGUAUCGAUGUCGUGCGUGUUAACGGGCGUUAUAGCUUUUGACCGUUACGACAGCAUUUGCCGGCCCCACAAGCGCCUCAUCAACAAUCUCCGCGCCAAAGUGGUGCUGUUUGUCUCCUUCGUUGUCGCAGUCCUACUUGAAUUGCCGGAUCUACUCAGUCUGGUCGCCUCAUCUCUGCCCCUGCGGAAACUCUCCCACACCAUCCAGAUCACCCAGUACUUGGCAGUUUUUCUAACGACUGUCGUUUGUUACGGGAGAGUGUACGGGGUCAUAAGAAAACGAGCGAGAGUUCACAUUGGAUUUCAGGUGGCAAGAACUGACGCACCAACCGUGUCAACUAUCAGCAGAAACAACCAAACUAGGCCGACCAGAAAGUCUGAACCAAGUGCGAUUGUUAUAGAAUCUUUGUCGUCUAUUUCAACCUCAAAACCUGCACCGCGGUCCGAACGACCAACUUUGUCAACUUUGCAAACAUUAAUGUCCCAAAUUCCAUCCACAUCGGAGACCCAGCAACCAACUGAAAACUCGACACACAGGAAAGUGUCUUCUCUCAAACCACCAUCAGCGUGGGUUGAUACCCAACGGCAACAGAGGGCCACGGAGACGGACACCUUUAAUCGCAUCCGGUUGCAGGAGCCCAAGUCUGGUAACCUGCCCCCAAUGAGGGAAGUCAUGCAGAGAAAGGUAACCCGAAUGCUGUUCAUCACUAGUGUGGUUUUCCUGUUGACAUGGUUGCCCUAUUGGAUCUUCGUGGCUGCGGAUCUCCAUGUUCUGAAUGGUGGAACAAUCGGUGAGGGCGUACUGGAAAAGCUUUUUGGUGCGGCAGUGUUGGUGGCGUUCAACAGCACCGUCAACCCUAUUAUCUAUGGUUUAGCCAACAGCCAAUUUCGGAAAGAUUGCGCGGUUCUUUUUAGAAAAUGCCACCUUUGUUGUUGAAUGACAAAACAAUUCGCUGCCGAAGUGUGACGUCACCUCCUCCCCAGUUCAGGCUCACUUCCUCCACAACGGUUCACGCGCAUUCCACAUCGGUACAUCACGUUGGUUUAAUACAAAAGAUCACAGACAGCAAUUUUACAUCCUAUUAUUCAUAGAACAUUUUCACAAACUAUAGUAUCUGAAACAGGACGCUGGGACAAGCUGAUGAAUUUUACUCUCUGAUUGGAUAGAUUUUG